UAUUGUACCCAAAUUCUCAUAUUCCAUCGUUUCAUCUCCAUUUUGGAUUCGAUCCGUCGUUUCAUCUCCAUCUUCUCACGAUCAAUUUUUCAGAAAAUAGGGUAAAAUCAAAUUCAGUACUUCUUCAAUCCACCAAAUCUUGAAGAGAAAAUUAAAAAUUCCAAAAAGGAGAGAAGUUCCAAUUAGUCGAAUCAAUUGGGUUUAUCUAUGGAGCUGAUGGUGCUAUCAAUCGGAUGAUUCAGUUUUGACCCAUGAGUUUAGCGACCCGAUUUAUCAACUCUAUUGGAUUGAUUGUUUUGUUCAAUUUCAAUUUUUCACAAUCAAAUGCCCAAGUUCUGCUGUUCUCGUUCUUCUACACGAGUUGUGGUAGCACAAAAGACUAACUCGGGUAAAGGAAGAAACGGUGAAGGAGGAAUCAAGUAUGGAUUUAGUUUGAUAAAAGGGAAGUCUAAUCAUUCAAUGGAGGAUUACCACGUUGCUAAGUUUAUCAAUCUCAACGACAAUGAAUUGGGGAUUUUUGCUAUCUUUGAUGGUCAUAAAGGUGAUAGUGUACCUGCUUAUUUGCAGAAGCAUCUCUUCCCUAACAUCCUCAAAGAUGGAGAGUUCUUGGUGGGUCCACGAAGAGCGAUUGCGAAAGCUUAUGAGAAUACAGACCAAAUGAUUUUAUCAGAUACUGGUUCUGAUUUAGAUAGUGGUGGUUCGACAGCUGUGACUGCGAUUUUGAUUAAUGGGAAAGUUUUGUGGAUAGCUAAUGUUGGAGAUUCUCGAGCAAUUCUUUCUCGUAGAGGUAAAGCAAAACAGUUGAGUGUAGAUCAUGAUCCUGAUGAUGAUAGUGAGAGGAGUAUGAUUGAGAGUAAAGGUGGAUUUGUUACCAACAGACCAGGAGAUGUUCCUCAAGUGAACGGUUUGUUAGCUGUCUCUCGGGUCUUUGGAGACAAAAACCUCAAAGCAUAUCUGAAUUCAGAGCCUGACAUUAAGGAUGUUACCAUUGAAAGUCACACAGAGUUUCUUAUUCUGGCUAGUGAUGGUAUUUCCAAGGUGAUGACAAACCAAGAAGCAGUUGAUGUAGUUAAGAAGGUUAGAGAUCCAAAGGAAGCAGCGAAGCAACUAAUAGCUGAAGCAUUGAAAAGAAACAGUAAGGAUGACAUAUCUUGCAUCGUUAUCCGAUUUAGACUCGAGUCGAGCUUUGCUUCACGUAUAUGAUUCUUUUGGGUCUAGUUUGAUCUAAUAGGAUUUUAAAAUAGGACUAUUAUACUUAGUUUGUUUGACAAACCAGAUGAUUUAUCAUAUAAGAAUACAUCAAAACUAGAUACAGCCGAUUUUAAAUUGUUACAAUUUAGUUAAAUUGGAAACAUUUAUCUCUA